AUGCUAGAGGACGCAGGUCAGACGAUGCAGGGUCUGAAUGCGAGGCUCAGAGUCUUUUUGGAGCAGGUGAACCGUCUCCAGGAGGCCAACCUCAGACUGGAGGCUCAGAUCUCUGCAUGGGGGAUCCAGAGGAGCUCACAGUGUCAGGAGUGGUCCCAGCAAGAGCAGACUGUCAAGGAGCUACGGGAACAGGUUGGGAAACUCCUGGUGGAAAAUGCUGAGCUCGCUCUUCAGUCUGAAAACAUGAAGUCCAAAGCAGCUCACAUCCAGGCCAGAUGUGAGACAGAGGAGAGGACCACAAAACGUCUGGAAAAGCAGGUGGAGCAGCUCCGAGAGUCCAAGAGGAGAGCAGAAGAGAGUAGUGAGAGCCUAAGGAGCAAUGUGCACCAAUCCAUUGCAGAACUACAGCAACUGCACCAGGAAUACCAGGCUGCCCAGACUCUGCACUCCACUGAUGCUCCGUUAGCCACUUCCACACAUACAGCAGCAGCAGCAGUGCACAGAGCCAGGGGAGGAGGGGAGAAGGAGGAUGGCACAGCGAUGGAGCUCACCCGACUGCUCCACGAAAUCCGAACGCAGUGUGACCAGACCCGAGCCUCCAACCCCAGACAGAGGAACCAAAGCCUGGGUAACUUGGCAAAUCUACCCUCUGGAUCUGUCGGGCCUAGUCAAUCUGGAGCAGGGGGGGCGACAUCAGCAGCAGCAGCAGCUUCCAGGACGAGCAGAGGGGCACUUGCAGAGGAGGAGGCAGCAUGGGCGCAGGUGAACAUGGGGGGAGUAGCACUGAGAGAGGCCAGAGCAGAACUCUCCGAAGCGAGAAAACAGUGGCACGCUUUACAGGUCGAGAUAGAGACCCUUCAUGCUAUGGAGAAGGGCCUGGAGACGUCACUCCAGCACACGCAGCGUUUAUACUCGUCUCAGCUGCAGGACCUCUCUCAGGUGAUCACCCGACUGGAGGCAGAGCUAGAGCAGGUCAGGAGUGGACUGGCCACUCAACGCCAACGCCACAACCAGCUUCUCAACACCAAGAUGAGACUGGAGCGCGAGAUCACCACCUACAGACGGCUGCUGGAACGGGAGGAGGGCAGGUACAUGAGCCGAAACGCGCCUCCAAUGUCCCUGCGUUUGUGGAAGUCUCCUGGCACUGACUCAAAGGAGAGCGGCUCAGAGAAUGAACAGAGUGAUUUGGCUCUGACUCCAGAUGAGCCCAAAUCGGAGCCGCUGCCUGACAUCCCCCCUCUGCUCCCGCCUGAGAACGGGCUCAAGAAGCGCUCAAUCCUCAUCAGACAGCAGAGCCUCGUCAUACUCUCAGAGCCUGAGCUGGAUAAGGACCUGCCCAUCUCCACAGUGAAAACCCAGGAGAUCCUUCAGGGCAACGUGGUGCGAGAGAGUGCAGAGGGUCAUGGCACCAUUGAGACUGAAAAAAUUGACAAAGUUAUCAAACAGUGGGAGGGCUCUUUCUUCCGAGGAAACCCAAAGCUGAGGAAGAAGUCUGUAUCUCUGCGUUUCGACUUGCACAUGGCUGUAGCAGAUGAGGGGUGCGCUCAGACCAAACAGGACAGCCUCCCAGAUGUAGAAGUGCGUCUAAUCAUGAAGAGGUCACGCAGCAUCGCCUCCAUUACACAAAAGUUCUGCUGCCUGCUUCUCUCCAUGAAGAUGUUGCUGCUUUGCCUGGAAUGUUCCACAGUAUGACAUUACACUUAUCUAGCACCAUGGAGACAAACAGGAGACAGCACCAGGCCAAGUUACAGGUCUGUGGAAAG